UGCUCCGGAGAUUGUCGAAGGUUCACGACCAGUGGUAGGUCGCUAGAUGUCUCUGGCUCCUGAUGCAGCAUCUCCCUCCGGUACCCCUUCCGGUACCGGAGACCCGGACAGCAGUGAAGCUUGCAAAAAGGAAGUGUCGGAGUUAGAAGGUUGUCAGAAUCAGAGCUGCCCUGACACAGCAGAGGAUGAAGAUGCGGGUGAAGAAGCGUAUGUGCAAGAUGUGGAAGCGCUGUCAGUGCAGGAAACAAAAAGUACAGAGCAUGCUGACAGUGACGAGAUUAAAAGUUUGCGGCCUGAGGAGAGUGCCACAGUAUUAUCACAGGCUCCCGGUGUGGGUCAGAAUGAAGAACCCAAGAAAGAACCACAGAAGGCAGCUGUUCCUUCCAGCCUAGAUAAGGAACUUGAUGCCCUCCUGUCUUUAUGCACAGAAGAGUCGGAAUCACUUGAUACCCUUAUGAUCCAGUCUGAGCAUUCUGGUAGAGUGGACAUUGUAAAGCUGGAGAGCAGCACACCAGAUUCAGAAGUGGGUAAAGGAAAAGCUCCACCCCCUCCCUUGGCUCCACCUUCAACCUGGACAAGUGUCAAUCUGCGUGAGUUUAAAACCAGGAUGGCAUCGGAAAAGCAUGGGCUAUUGACAAUACGGAGAGGGGAGGUCAUGACGGUUCGGGUGCCCACACACCCUGAAGGAAAGAGGCUUUGCUGGGAAUUCGCUACAGAUGAUUAUGACAUUGGAUUUGGUAUCUAUUUUGAUUGGACCCCAGUCACCAGUACAGCAGUGACACUGCACGUCAGUGAGUCUAGUGAUGAAGAAGAAGAGGAAGAGAUAGAAAGUCCAUGGCAUAGCCGGGAAGGGGAUGUGGAGCGUGGUUCUGUGUAUCGUCUGCGCAGUCGAUAUGGAGAAAUUAUGCAAGUUUUUCGCAGAGACAGUCAUCGUGAAGUACAGGCGGGCAGCCAUGAGUACCCUGGGGAGGGGGUCUAUUUACUCAAACUGGACAACUCUUACUCAUUACUCCGCAACAAGACUCUGUAUUUUCAUGUAUACUACAGCAGUUGAUGAGAUGAAGGGCUGUGAGGGCCACCUGACCAAUGAGAGUAAGCUUGUGUGAUUCUGGUGCAACUAUAUCAGGGUGUGUGUCCGUGCCUGCACACAGCCACGUUUGAAUAAGCUUUUAUCUGAAAACCAUGCACUUCUGUUGGUGCACGCCACAAUUUUGUGCACACACUGUCUUCUUUUUUCACCACCUCUUCUGUAGCCUGGAUCAGAUGUUGCAUAGCUCUGAAAGUGCUGUCCUCUAUUUUUGCUCCAGAUGAAUGAUUGCCUGCCCCGAGCAAUAGGCUGCUGGUUGCCGUGAGAGGUUAGGCUCAGGUCAGUCCCACUGCCAAAUGACAAAGAAUCAUGUAACAGUCAGGCCAAAAAGAGACUGCAUUAAUACAGAGACAUAAUAUAUGCAUAUAUAUGGAGAGAUAUUAGUAUUUAAGAAUAGUCAAUUAUUGUGUUAAUUAGCACAGCGCAUUAAUGAGUUUUACAAAAUGUAAGAUAUUUAUUUAGAUACAAAUGUAGUUUUAUUUCUGGUUAUGCUGUUGAUACUUAGUUAAUUGUUAACUGUAAUGUAUGGUACAUUUUAUACUGGUUGAGCACUGCUAAUGGCUGGUACGAUAAAGUUAACUGACUAAGAGCUAACGGGACCAUCUUGGCUCUUGGAAUCCGAGCCCACCUCUGUGCCGAAUGCUCCAACUUAUUGGGAAUUGAUCUGACCUCUACACCAGUCAUCUACAAUAAUUAGUGUAAGUAAAAUAUGACCCUGAGAAAGUUUAAUAUCUAUCUUAUUUUCCAUAAAUAAAAAAAUACAACAGCCAAA